AUCAUACUGUCAAAGAGCACACUUCAUAAAAUCUUGAAUUUUCCGUUCGUGGGGAAGUCCAUUUAAACUGAAGAGACGGGCGAUCAUAAUUCAGUAGCUCCGCACCAUACAAUUCGUGCUAUCUCGAGCAAUCCCAAUGCCCGCCGGUGAAAUCCGCUACGCCUCACCGCCACCAUCCCCGAUGGACGCCUCCUCCGCCUACGAAGAUGAGGCCUGGGUCUGGGCUCAAAUCAAGGCGGAGGCCCGCCGCGACGCCGAGUCAGAGCCGGCCUUAGCUAGCUAUCUCUACUCCACCAUCCUUUCUCACCCUUCCCUCGAACGCUCCCUCUCCUUCCACUUGGGCAACAAGCUCUGCUCUUCCACGCUUCUCUCCACCCUCCUUUACGAUCUCUUCAUCCACGCCUUCGCUUCCGACCCUUCUCUCCGUGCCGCCGCUGUCGCCGACCUUCGCGCUGCCCGCGAACGCGAUCCUGCUUGUGUUUCCUACUCCCACUGCCUCCUCAACUACAAAGGUUACCUUGCCGUCCAGGCACAGCGUGUGGCGAACAGGUUGUGGCAGCAAUCUCGGAGGCCAUUAGCUCUGGCACUGCACUCUCGUAUUGCGGAUGUGUUUGCGGUGGAUAUACACCCUGCGGCGAAGAUUGGGAAAGGGAUAUUGUUGGAUCAUGCUACGGGCGUGGUAGUGGGUGAGACGGCGGUGAUCGGGAAUAAUGUGUCGAUUCUGCAUCAUGUGACUCUGGGAGGGACAGGGAAAGUUAGUGGGGAUCGGCAUCCAAAGAUUGGAGAUGGAGUUCUUAUUGGAGCCGGAGCAACCAUUCUAGGGAAUAUCAAGAUUGGAGAAGGUGCAAAAAUCGGUGCUGGGUCUGUUGUCUUGAUCGAUGUGCCGCCCCGGACUACAGCGGUUGGGAAUCCGGCGAGGCUGGUGGGUGGAAAGGAGAAGCCGGCCAAGCAUGAGGAUGUGCCUGGGGAAUCCAUGGAUCACACUUCCUUCAUCUCUGAGUGGUCAGAUUAUGUCAUAUAAUUUGAAAGCUUUUUGAAUCAAAACAUCACUAGUGGAUGAUAAUUUUGGAGCAUGUCCCCGUCUCUCCAGCCUGUUGCUGUGGAUUUUU